UAUUGGCGAGGGUUCUUAUUUUUCAAUCUUUCGUUUUCCUGUGAUCAAGAUUUUUGCAGGCGCUCGCUCGCUCGAUCGGCAUUGGCGCGUGUGAUAGGGCAAAGGCGAGGCCGAUGCGUGCGAUCUGUCGCCAUUCCUCACCUUCUUCUUGCACAGGUUUUCGAUGUUCUCCGCGCAGGAAAUCUGUGUCUUGAUGUGAGGCUUUUGCGGCGGGGCUUGGCCGGAUUCAGCUGGGGAGCGCUCGCGAUCUCGGGCAGUCUGUGCGUUAUUUUGUUCGCUAGCGGAAAAGAUUCGCGUGUGGAAUUCGUGUCGACUGUUGCCCGGAAUUGCGUUGCCGCCGCUCCAUUCCGAUAGGAUGAGCGCAGUCCAGGGAGAUCGAUGCUAGGCCGGCUCGACAUCGAUAUUUCGGAUCGAUCCAGCCAAAUCUUUCGAGAGUUGAGAGAAUCGAGGUUUCACUCGGUGAAGAGGAGACGAUCAUGAUCAUCUUGUUGUGACGAGGGAAUCCAUAUGAAUCGGCCGUCCGAGAUCAUGAAGACGACUAUCAACGGUAUCAGUCACGUCGGAUUCAACUUCGACGGCCAGCAGCAGGAUCAUCUCUACAUGCUCGAGCACAGCGCCUCCUCCGGAUUCGACAGCCAGAACAGCAGCUUAUCCCAGCACCUGGAGAACAUUGAAGAGGAUUUCCCCAUGUACUUCCCAUCGCCCACGACGUCCUACCCACCUCCAGAGACGCCAUUGGAACCCAUGGAGUUCCUGUCCAGAUCGUGGAGCAUCUCGGCCGUGGACGUCUCCAAGGCACUGGCUCCCUACAAUCCCGCCGCCAACAAGUUUGCUACCGCGAAACGAGCCGAGGAGACGGGGAUCGAGACGACACCCUUCUCGUUCGCCUCGGCAAUGACCUCCGACAUGGUUCUCAAUAGAAUUCUCGCACCAGUGGAGCUCGGCAUCCAGAAGAGGAAUUCCCAGAGAAGUGGGCUUUUAAUGAAGAACCAUAGUGGACCACUUGGAAUGGGCUCGCCUCUGUCACCUCAAGUUCCAGAAGAGCAGCAUCAUUCUUCCACGACUAUUACAGCUCCCAAGUCGCCCAUCAGAAACGGAAAGUCCGUAAGGAGAUGGUUCCGAGACGUCAAGGACAAGAAGAAGGAGGCAAUUCGUGCCCAAAACGCACAGGUUCACGCAGCCAUCCAAGUCGCGAGCGUUGCCGCUGCGAUAGCUGCCGUGGCUGCUGCCACGGCAGCCACGGCCAUCGACGAUGGUGGAGCAAAGACGAGCAUGGCCAUGGCUUCCGCUGCAUCGCUCGUAGCAUCUCAGUGUGUGGAGGUCGCCGAGAGCUUGGGAGCCGAUCACGAGCAGGUUGCGUCGGCCGUUGGCUCCGCGGUUCGUGUCAAAACGGCUGGGGACAUUAUGACGCUCACUGCUGGUGCUGCGACAUCUCUACGGGGAGCGGCGAUGCUCAAGGCCAGGGCCUUGAAAGAGAACCAGCAGCAGCAACAGCAACAGCAGCACAGCCGCUCGUCGGUCAUCCCGUACGAGCGAGGCUCGAUGAACUUCAGUGGAGAGCUUGGAUCCGAGGACAGCGAGGCCGAGUCCUUCACACAGGAAGUGCUGGCCAAAGGAACGGACUUUCUCAAGCGGUCAAAGAGCGGCGAGAUUCAUUGGAGAUCGGUCUGUGCCUACAUUAACAAACACAACCAGGUUAUUCUGAAACUCCAGAGCAAGCACGUAGGGGGCGCUCUAAAGAAGAACAAGAAAAGUGUGGUUGUGGACGUCUACACAGAGAUCCCAGCCUGGCCUGGGCGAUCACUCCUGGAAAACGGAGAACAGCGGCGAUACUUUGGAGUCAAGACGAACACGGCAGAGCUCGAGGAAUUCGAGUGUCGGAGUGACUACGAGCACAAGAUCUGGACGCAGGGCAUCUCCUAUCUUCUGGAGCUUGCAACUAGCAAGCCACAACAAAAGCCCACCAGCUAAGGAUCGUGUCCGGCCAGCCAGCCAGCCAGCCAGCCAGCCCGCCAUAGCUGCUCUUCUCCAAGGUUGGCUCUCUUUGUCCUUCCUUCUUUUCUUUCUUUCUUUCUUUCUUUCUUUUCUCGUUGCUGCUUUGGACACCGAGUAGCUUGAUAGAUGCUUCCGUCCUGACUUUGCUUUGGAUGUACGUUGUCGUCAGCCUUUUGUAAAAUGAUUUUUUGUGGCUGGCAUGAUGUGGUUUCCAUGCGAGAGAUUGAAUUGUUGACACGCAUGUUGGUGA